AUGGUAAGCAGUGACGAGAGUCCGAAGUUGGUACAUGUGACCAAUUCGAUUCUGCUCAACAAGAAUAGCACUUUCCCGGAGUCCAUGAAGGUGUGUGGAUCCCAAGUUUGGCUGGCAAGACCCACGAGUGUUCUGUCUGAGAUAGAUGGAUGUCCAUUAGAUGUGGAUAAAACAGUGGAAGGCCGGCGAACUGAGCUGCAGAGUAUGACUGCUCACAAAGCAGGGAGAGUGGUUGGAGCAGACGAGGCUCAGAAGUUUGCUCGUCAGCAUGGGAUAAAGAUCAUCCCAACCCGAUGGGUCAUAGGCCCAAAGGUGGUGAAUGGCAAGGAAGCUGUGAGAGCUCGGUGUGUGGUGCAAGACAUCGCAAAGGGGAGCACAGCAUCAUCUUUAGGACUGAGUGCUACGACUCCUUCUUUAGAAGCGUUACGGACGCUUUUGGCCAUUGCUUCGGUAGAUGCUAUGGAUAUCGCAACUUUGGAUGUUAGCACUGCAUUCUUGCAUUCCCCCCUUCCGAAAGGAUCGAAGGCGAUUAUCCAAUUGCCCAAGGAUGUUUCCGCCUGCAAGGACUAUUAUGUCCCGGUGUUUAUGAUUCUGGAUCAAGCCAUGAAUGGUUUGAGAGUUGCCGCCAAAGCUUGGAACUUGAAGCUGGCGACAGUUGUGAAGAAAGUUGGGUUGAAGCAAUGCCCAACGGAACCUUCCGUCUUCGAGGGCACUGUGAGAGGGAAAAGAUUCCUCAUGUUGUGCUAUGUGGACGAUUUGAUUCUGUGUGGCACUAGAGAUGCCAUUCGGUUGGUGACCGACACCCUGAACGGAGAGUUGAAGAUCAAGGAAACGGGUCGAAUCACUUCCACUGGUGGAAAGAUCACCUUUUUGGGGCGAGAGAUUGAGAGACAAGGGAGUCAUCUCAGGAUGCGAGUGCCCCCGGCAUACUUAGAUGCCCUGUUCGAGACAGAGUUCUGUAAGGACCUGAAGGUGGUUACUGCUCCUCCGGACAUCGUGAAAACGGUCGAGAAGGGCAGAGCAAGUGGUUCGGAUCCUGAGUUGAGUGACACUGCAGCUGCGAGGUACAGAGCAGUACUUGGCCGGAUUGCAUGGUGGGGUCAGUCGAGACCUGACCUGAGUAGGUGGAUGUCCAUUCUUUCGCAAGGACAGUCCAAGCCAACAGCAUGCUUUGAGCAAGCAUUGCGACAAGUGAUUAGGUUCCUAAAGGGACAAUACCAUGCAUGGCAGUACUUUGGCCCUGAUGGGAAUGUACCGGACAGUGGGCCGGCGCAGCUGGAAGUGUAUGCGGAUGCCAGUUGGGCACCCCAAGAGAGUGAGGGACUUGCGACUUUGAUCGGUCAGUUGGCCGAGUCAGAUGUCACGAUCCGAUUGCACACUGACAACAUCGCUGUCUGCUAUCUUCAGGAGCGGAUACAGGAAGCUCAGACCUUGAAGGUUCAAGAAAUGGAUUUAUGGUCCAACCGCAAAAGCUUUGGUUCAAGCACCACGGAAGCUAGCCCUAGCCUGGAGCCUGUACCUUUGGUGAAGGACAGGAAAAUGGCAGCUGAAGACAGCAGGAAGGGUGAGCAGGGUGCUGAGAUGAAAAGCCCCUUUUGGUGUAAGGUUUGCAAAUGGUUGUUCAGAUCCGAGCAUGCUGCCGGGUUGAGCUGGGAUGAAAGUGGCAAGCCCAAGUGCGAAAAGUGCAAACAGACUGUGACAGUCUCUGGCACGGAUGCAAGCCAUGCAUUCCAUCUCCGAGAGGCAGAGAAGGAGCGCCGAGCUGCUGGAAAAAGGGGUGAUAAAGGUGAAAGCCGAGGCUCAGGCCAAGCUGCACCGAAACCCAAGGCCAUGCCGAAGGUGAUUGAACGGAUGGUCGACGUGUUUCCGGAGCUGGCGGAUCCAGAGCCGCCGAAGUGGUUCGGUGAUGUGUCAUGGAGUAUCUGCCGGCGCGGAACUCCAGUGGAUGAGCUAGAGCUCAAGGACGUGGUAGGCACGCUAUCCGACAAGGAUAUGUUGCGCUAUCAAAGCUCAUACGAGAAGCUGGUGAAGCCCAUCCAGGAGGUGUGUGAGCUACAGGAGAAACCCACGAAGAUCUUCGGAAUCUUGGAUGUCCGUGGACAGAUUGGUGGCAAGGCCAUCAUCUGGGAGAUGGCAGUGAAUGAAGGAGGACUGUACAUGGAAGUACCGCCGGGAACGUGUGGCCUGGCGAUGUUGAGCUUCGUGAGGUACUUGAAGAGAAAAGGGAUAGUCCCUGUUUUGCUUCUGGGUGAGCACCAGGACCUCGGAGUCUUGCGGAUGGUGGAUCUGUUGUGCAUGCUACCCAUUUUGGGAGCAGAGAGGAUCAUGGAGGAUGAAGCUGAGAGCUCGUAUUAUCCCCCAUGGGUGUUGCGCUGGAAGAGAAGUGCAAAGGAAGGAUCCUUGGUGUUUAAGGAACUGGUGGAGCGAGUGCGAGUGAUUUCGAUGUUGUCGUGUGAUACACUUCGGAUUCACGAGCCGGAGCUGAGGGAGAGACCAGUCCCCAAGUGGUCGUUUGUGGCCUACAGCCACUACAGAUCCGUGAUGGAGUCUGUUGCAGGAUUCUUGGAGGACCUGGAGAAAAAGAAAGAGGAGAUCACCGACACGCAGAGGGCGGCAAGCUGGAAGAAGGUGGUUGCGAGUGAGACUCGAAGCGGUGUUGUGUGGAUCUGCAAGUGUAAGUGGCACUUGCCGACCGACUAUGUGGUGAGGUUCAACUUGACGUUGCCUGCCGACAUGUGGCAGCAAGCCUUUGGGAUCAUGGGUGAGAAUGUUGGGAAACUCGAGAAGGAGGAAAAGGACCUGAAGCGGAUCCUCAAGGCUGCAGCGGAACAGCAAGACCGAGAGUUCGAGGAAGCUGAGCGAAAGCGCAAGCGCAUCGCCGACCUGUCAGCUGCCGAGGAAGAAGCUGCUAAGAGAGCAAAGCUGGAAGGCGAAGCGGUUCGCUCGCCUGUGUCAGUUGUACCAUCUGAGUUGGAUGCAGCAGCUAUCGCGCAGAUUGCUGAGCGUGUGAAGGCAAGCUUUAGUGUUGCCGAUUUGGAGCUGAUGUUGGAAGAGAAGAAGAGAAAGGUUGGAGACCAGCCAACUGAGAGGCCUGCGGAGACGCCAGCUGAGCCUAGCCGAUCUUCGCAGGAUGUGAUGAUGGAAACGAGGACGGCUGAGUUGGCGGAGAUGAAGGAAGCCGCCAAGGAGCGCCGCGCCAAGUUGAUGGAGUCAACUGGAGCUGGCGAGAAGAAGGGCGAAGAGGUGGAUGCAAGUUUAAUUCGUUUUUCACGUGUUUGGACAACGAACUCUUGGGUUACCAGUGAUGUGGACCCAGGCGAGAGUGAGAAAAGAAAGUGUCCGAGUGCCAGCUUUGCUUGCUUAGUUGAAGCUUGGGUAGCUUUGACUGGAACCAACGUUUUGAAGAACCUUUGGAAGCUCUUGAACGGUGUCAAGACUUUUCGUGGUGGCGGAGCGUGGUUGGCCACGCUCAAGAGCUGUGAAGGCGAGGGACGUGCUCAGUCCAGCUCACCUCUCAAGGAGACCGCGGCAAGUGGUGACGCCUCUUGUGUUACCUCUUCCGACUCGACAGGAAUGCCUCCGCAACCACCUGCUCUGGACCCACAAAUGGCGGUGCAGAUGGUGCAGGCACAGUCGCAGCAGAUUAGCCAGUUGGUUGGUUUGGUGCAGACGUUGGGAGAGAUGCAAGCAGCGGCUUUGACACGAGCUGCUGAGACAAGCAGCGGAAUGGCAGCAGCAGCGUCCUCAACGGGCCCAGAGCCUAUGGAAGUGGACAAGGACACUGGUGGAGUCAGACACUCCAAAGCAGAGAGCUACAUUCCCAAGAUCCCUAUGCUUGAGUACCAGAAGAUGACGACUCGAACUUCGGAGAUCAGUUUUUGGUCGCAGUACGUUGAGGGAGUCAUGUCUUGGUUGUCUUUGCUUGACGACUUUUACCCCACUGAGUUGUACCGAGCGAUGAUCACCCCCACCGAGAUUCAACAGAGCAGUUUGGAGAAGGGACCAGCGGCGAGGUCUGCGAGAUUUCUUCACUUGCUGCGUCAGUCUUUGGGUGAUUUCCAACGAGCUUUAGACAUCGUUCGACAAGCGGAACAGUCACAGCUUGGAGCAGCAUGUGGGUACGAAGCCUUUCGGAGACUGAACACGGAGUUUGGAGUUCAGUCGAGAAUUGAAGCAACAUCUCUUCGUGAAGCUGUUUUGCAAUUUCGCCCAGGGAAGCAUGUGGUGCGGCCCUUGGACGUCUACAGAGCAGUAGAAUCCGAGCUCUUGAAGGCGGAUAGAAAUCUUAGUGGCUACAGCAGUCUUCGUUUGACAGAGCCUGAGAAGAUGAUGCUUCACUUGAAGUGCAUGCCCGAGUCCUGCAAGCAUUACGUUUUGUUGCAUGGAAAGAGCGACACGCUGAAUGAGAUCCUGGAGAGCAUCAAGUUUUACGACUCUCAUCUGCGUGUGAUCGAGCAUGACAAGGAAGGCCACAAGCAUUCGUCGAAGAGCGCUUGGACUGAAGAGUUGAUUGCAGCUUUCAACAAGGGCAAAGGCAAGAAGGGCAAAGGGAAAGGGAAGAAAGGCGGCAAGAACGAGGGCACUUCAGAGAAGGGUGCUGGUCGAGGCAAAGGAAAAAGAGACGACAAGCCGAAAGCCCAGAGCGAGGGAAAGAAGGGAAAAUGCUUCAACUGCGGGCAGCCGGGGCACUUUGCUCGAGAUUGCCCAGAACCACGGAAAGACAAGCCUUCGGGUGCAUCUGGCCAGCCGAAAGCAAAGGGGGGCAUGGUUUUCCUGAAGAACAUGGUUGUCUCCAGCAUGGCGAAGAAGUUUUUCUUGAACAGCAUGAUUGUCUUGAUGUUUUGCAUGGGCUUGAACGACACGAAGAACACGGGGAUGAUCAUGGUUGGUUUUGCGCUUUGCAUGGAUGAGUACCAGGUGCGCUGCUCUUUGGCGUCUGGUGAAGUGCUGAGCCUGAACCGUAGAGAGGAGAACCACGAGGACCACCAGAAGGCCUCGGAGAACCAGGACGAGAAGAACGUGCCCCAGAAGGCCUCGGAGAAGCAGGAGGCGGACAGCAGCGAGCCCCAGAAGGUUUCGGAUGUCUGCGACGUGAGCUCAGAGGAGCCAGCAGCGAAGGCCUGGAGCGUGGUGAGCGAGGGGGAGAUCCACGAUGUGGAGAUGGCCAGGCUGGAGGAUCUGAGAACACAGGUCGCAGCUGCGGCCGAGAUCGCGCUGGAAGGCGUGGAGCGCAUGGCAAGGAGCGAUGCCGAAGAGGAGACCACAAGUGAAGGCAAUGCCGGCGAAGACCUGGAAGGGCAGCGUGAAGCGGGGAAGCAAGCCGAGAAAGGAGCAGGCCACGAGCAGCUCGUCGACGGUGCACCUGGUGGCGAGGACGGAGCGCUCAACGAGAUGCCCUGCGCCGCCACCGCCGGAGCCGAUAAGGGACGAGCUGUGGAAUCCGCCUCCACCUCCGCCUGUUCCCAGCCGAAGGCCCGAGAACAGGUCUUGGCCCUCAGGGCUACCAAAGCCCCCGCCGGUGCCGUGAACAGAGACACGUUUUCACCUCAGAAACCAGGCAUUAAGGCCGCUUGGGAGGCCUUGUGCUCUACUGGAACCGAAAAGAGAAACGAGCGUUGCAUGGUUGAUCUUUGUGACUUGGUUGAAGUGCUUGCAAGCUUGGGAGAUGAGGGUGAAGAGACUGAGAGAGGGGAAGGAGAGAGUGAGCAUGAUGUUUGGUGGAUCUUGAAAGACCGUGAAGUUGUUGACUUUGACAAGAUCAGCCACGUGUUGCAAGGACAUCAGCCCUUCAGUUCCUCUUGUGACGUCUGUGUCAGGUCUCGAAGUUUGCCCAAAGGAGCCCGCGAGAAGCCAUGGGACCAGGUCAUGAAGCAUGAAGUGCAGAUCGAUCAGUUUUUCAAGUUUCAGAAGCGUUUCAUUGUGUUGGUUCAUGCCCAGUCGUUUGCAGUUGGUUGUGUUGAUGGCGAAGCAGCUAGGGAUCAGAUCCUUGAGAACAUGGGAGCAUGGUUGAGGUACUUUGGCUUGAGUGGCGUUGAAGUUGGGACCGUGUUUCGUUGCGAUGCAGAACCUUACAUGCGUGCCUUGUUGGUUGAGUUGCUUGAGCGAUUCCAGAAUUUCCAUGGUCCGAUUGAGCAGUUCAGCCCAGGGCGUCAUGCGCCCGCGGCAGAGAGAGCAGUGAGGACCCUGCGUGAGCUUGGUGAUUCGAUCUUGGUUGAGUUGCAGGACCACGGGGUGUCGCUUCGGAAUACGAGUCGUGCGUUUGCGUUGCUCUACAACCAUUGUUGUCAUGUCCACAACCGAUAUUCGCAGUUGGCUGGGUCUGAACUUUCGCCUUUGCAGCGUUUGAGAGGGAACAAGCACAAGCCCCAUCAGGUGUACGCGUUUGGUUCGACCGUUUGUGCGCAUGCGUCGGCAGUUGAAGACUUGAUUGUUGGUCGCUUUGCAUUUGGUUGCUACCUUGGACCCAUGAUGAGCAAGACAUCACACCUUGUAAAUGUGAGGUUGCCGGAUGGAGCCUUAAAGCUGGUGCAAGCCAGUUCCAUCAAAGUUGUUGUGCCUCUGAGGUAUGACGUUGAGUUGCUUGGAACGUUUGGUCGAAAGGUUGUUGGCGGCGUGCACCCUGCGCCGCAGCCACUUGGAGACCCUGAGGACCCCAGCUUGAGGACCGUUCCGUUGUCGCUUGUGCCCGGUGGGAAUCCGCCAGCUGAGUUCUUUGCAGAACAUGGUGAGAUGGAGCCCAAUGAGCCUCCAAGACCGCUUGAGUCCCCUCAGGGAAUAGGUGACGUGCAGCGUGACGGUGGAAUGCCAGAAGUUGAGCUUGACGUUCCCGAUGACCUUGAGAGAAUCGAGGCCGACGUCCCGAGAGACGGGGACUAUGAGCCUAGAGGGGGUGUUGGUUGCGAUAGUGAAGAACCUUUUCAGCCCGAGCUUGAACGUGAAGCCUUGCCAGCUGGGUUGCCAGAAUCUCCAGGACCGUCUGAGGACCCUAGAUCCGAUCCAGGAGUCGAAGACGUAGAGAUGAUGGAUAGGUUCGUUGAGACGCCUGAGCCUCAGAAGCUGUCAUUCGCAUCUGAGGACGCAAUCACAUCAGUCGUUGCCAGUGUGUUUUUCAGAACGAGUGUCUACAACGCAGUAGAAGACGAAAGCUGGAUCGAUCUUGAGAUUCGAGGCAGAAAGGUGUGCUUGCAGCGGCCCAAGUUUGUUAAAGACGACACGACCGGAAAGCCGUUGGAUCCACAGCUCACCGCCGAGGGGAUGACGAAAGAAGUGAAAGCCCUUGAUGCCUUGAAUGUAGGUGAUCUAGUGACAAAGCAGGAGGCAGACGAGUACGCUAAGGAGCACAACAUCCGCAUCCUCACCACGCGUUGGGUGUCUGUUGACAAGAAGGAAGGCGAAACAAAGCAGAAGAUUGUCAGGUCGAGGGUCGUAGUUCGCGACUAUGCCUCAGGCAAUCCAACUGCGCAGGAGCUGGGGAUCAGCUCGCCGACCUCUUCCAACGAGGCCUUCAGGACCUUCCUAGUGUUCAUUGCAUCCAGCGGGAGCGAUAUUAUUCUUGCGGACGUUAGUACAGCCUUUUUGUUCGCUAAGGUGGUGAGUCCUGAAGUUGUGAUGUUACCCACAAACAUUCGGUUCCCAGACAACUCCAGAGCCUACAUGAAGCUCAACAAGAGCCUGUAUGGCCUAAGAUCGGCGUCGUUGGCCUGGUAUAAAAUGCUUGCCGAGUUGGUCGAAGAGUUGGGGCUGUUUGCGUGUGUCAAGAUCAAAGUCACUGGAAUCCUGUCCAGAGACAAGAAGGUUGAAUUCCUUGGCAGGACCAUCCGGAGAGACAGUGAGACGGAUGGAAUCCUUGUUGGCCUCCCUGUGGGGUAUUUCCACUCGACAUAUGAAGCUUAUGGCAUCCGGAAGCCGAGUCUGGUUCCUCCAGACUUGAGAAAAAUCCUGGAUGAUGGAAUGGAGUCCCAACAGCAGCCUUUGAGUGCAGAAGCUAGUGCGAAGUAUAGGAGCGCAGUCCGCAAGGUCGCCUGGGGCGCCCAGACACGAAUUGACUUGACGUACUUCAUCAGUGUGUUGAGCAGGGGCCAGUCGCAGCCCCUAGCUGUCCAUGAGAUGUGCCUGCGAGCGUUCUUGAGGUACUUGAUGUCGGUUGAGCACCAUGAGCAGCUUCUUAGUUGUGAUGGAGACGCUGGGACCAUCGUUGCGUACGUUGAUAGCAACUGGGCGUCUGAGAGAAAUAACUCUCGGCGGUCGUUGUCUGGAGGCGUGUUGUUUCUCGACGGGGCCCCGGUGAAAGCUUACACCAGGCAGCAGACUUCAAUUGCGCUUUCCAGCGCAGAAGCGGAGUUAACCGCCAUCUGCGAGGGAAUGAAAGAGGCCUUGGGAUUGUGCGUCAUGGUGAGACACGUCUUUGGGAAAGAUGUUGAAACGCCGGUUGUUCGCUCGGACCCACAGGCAGCCAUUAACAUCAGUUCUAUGUUCGGGCUCCUCAGGAGAGUCAGGCACAUAGACAUCAGGUUGUGCUGGGUGCAAGAAGCGCUGCGUGAGGGCCGCGCUAAGCUUGAGUGGGUGUCUGGCUUGGAGAAUGCCUCAGACAUUUUCACAAAGAGUACGAUCCAAAGGGUCAGUUACGAGAGACACCUGAACAUGUUGGGAAUCGUUGAGCGACUUCCGCCAGCCACAAUGGGUUUGUUGGCGUUGGAAGACUGGGAUUGCGCCCAGUUGUGCCGCAUGCUCGGGAAGAGCCCCGACCUUCCAGUUCUCUUGGAGCUGGAACAAAGCUUGAGUGCGGUGGGUGCGGAAGAUCCUUGGUUGGUUGUCGAGUUUUGUACGAGUGAAAACUCGAAUCUUGGCAUUGCAGCGCUUGAGCUUGGAAGCGUGAAGUUGGUUAGAAUCACAGAGCGUGAGAACGGAGUGUUGGAUGAGACGAUUGCCAUUGUGAGAACGCACGUUGAGCGCUUGUGUCGGUUGGGCGUAAACGUGUUGAUUUGGUCGUCCACCCCGUGCACUGGUGGAUGUCUUUGGCAGUUCACGCAUUUGGAGCGGCCUGGGCAUGGAGAUUACUUGAAGAAAGUUUGGGGCGUCCAGAGAAAGUUGUGGAAGAACUUUGAGGUUAUCUGCAAGCCGGUUGAAGACAUGCCUGUGGGAUGUUUGAAUCCGUUCGUUGCGAUCGAGUGGCCGAAGACCUGUCAGUACUGGCAUUGGAGGACCACCAAGAAGUUUGGAUUCGACCACCACAGGACUCUCAUGACCUCCAUAGUGCAUGGUUGUGCAGUAGGGAUGAGAGGACGAGACGACUUGCUUGUGAAGAAGCAGUGGAGAGUUGAUACAGACCUUGAGGUUCUCUGCGAGACCCUCCAGACAUUUGCAUGCACAAAGGACCAUCCCCACAGUGCCGAUUUCGACCUUAAGAGCACCCAACACUAUCCGCUUGACUUGUGCAGACGAUUGGUUGCGUGCUUGCCAUGA